CUCCAGUCCAUCCCCAGAACCUUCUCCGGGGCGCCACCGCCCUCGGAUUCGGACAUGGCCAGCCGCAGCUGCGCGCACGCCGACCGCAGGCUCUCCUCGUUGAUGCUCUCCAGCUCGCCCUUGUUCGUCAUCGCCGCUCCACCUGCGGUACCCACCGGAGCUUUUGAGAUCAACCAAUGCAAGAGAGGCGUAGAGGCACACAUGGAAAGGAGGCAUGUCGUGGCGGACAGCGAAAGAGUGUACCUAGCUUGACGAUGCAGCGGACGGUGGGGCGUCGUGGGGCUCGGCUGCUCCUGCACCGCCUCUUCUGCCAUGGAUGCUUCACUCCUGCAGUCUGCAACAGCCGAAGCGGAGGGGGUCCCAGAGCGACACGGGAAUCUGAGAGCCGCGCCGCGCCGCGUAGUGUGGUGGACAGUGGACUGGUGGUGGGGGCCUAGCGGGGCAUCCAGUUCAGACCUGCCUUGAGCACCGUUGCCCCAUCUGCCGUCGGAUGUCGCCCCGAACCCAUCGCCGGCCACGUUGAGGUAUACAAUGAGGCUGCUGCAGGCGGAAGAGCUAUUCCAGAAGGUUCUGGAGGGUGGAUCGAAGACGAAGGUGGCUCGGCUGCUCGGGCUCGACGUUGGCAGCAAGUACGUUGGGCUGGCCGUCUCCGAUGAGAAGAACAGGAUUGCUUUGCCUCUGAGUGUCUUGAGUCGGACAAAGACAAACAUCAACUUGAUGGCAGAUGAUUUCAAAACAUUGGCUUUGAAAUAUUCCCUAGCUGGGUUUGUUGUGGGCUAUCCAUUCAACCUUCAUGGUCAACACAGUCCAAAUGCAGUUCAAGUAAGGCUUCUUGCUGGAGAACUUUGUAAAACAGGGAAACUUGAUGAUCUGUGCUACACAUAUUGGGAUGAAAAUUUCACCUCAAAGUGUGUUGAAGCCCUCUUACAUCCUCUCAAUCUAAAAAAUCGAGAUGAGGCCAAAACAAUUACAGAUAAAUUUGCUGCAGUUUGCAUACUCCAGGGUUAUCUUGAUAACAUGAACAGAAAAUUCAGACCUGCUGACAAGUCUGAAGCAUAAGGUGGCACCUAAUCUCCCGCGAACUAAACCAAAAGAGCAGGGGGUCAUCUUCUGGUAGGUCUGAUUUGUUCAGAGUUUUGGGAGCUUGUUCUUGUCAUUUUGGUUAUUUACAUGGUUUCGAUGUGCUUUUGCCACUCAAAUAUUCUGUAUCCUUGCUCGCUUUCUUUGAUGUGUGGUCAUGAGAGCACUUCCAUCUUUGAGAAAUUAUGCAGGUUUAUAUGCUUAUUUGCA